AUGGCAUCUAGAUCAAAGGUCUUGGCGAGAUCCUGCCUCAGUGGCUGCUCAGCUCUCGUCGCCCGGGCAAAGCCAAGUCGUGCCACGCGAUCAGUCGCUCCGUCGGGGCGACGUUGUCUGGCCACGCACGCCGAGACGCCCAUUAUCCGGCCACACUUCGCUGAUGUGCACCCGCCGCGCGAGAAAACCGAAUUGGACAAGCUCCUUCACGCUGUGCAGAAGAAGAACUCGUCGAAAAUCCGUGUCGCCUUUAUUCAAUGGACGGAUGUGCUAGCGAACCAGACAUCCCCGCUCCACGCAGGUGCCAUCGAAGAGCUCCUCAAUGUCCCCGCGCCCACUCUCUCCGAAAUUGUACGCGGUUUAGAUCCCUUCAAUUCUUCCGAUGAUGCGGCCGAGGGUCUCAAAAUCAGUGCUGGUGAGACCCAAUACACGGCCACGGGCAAGUUCGUCGACGUGUACGGAGCACGCGACCGCCAACGCCAAGUGCUCGCGGGCCUGCAGACCCUUCUCCGCAUACGCUCCUCUUUGGUGCCUUUCACACUGGCCGACUAUGAAAUUGCCAUGCGGAGCGCCGGCGCCGCCAUGGACUUUCACGCCGCGCGCGAAUUUUGGGGCAACAUUGCUGAGAGCGGCCUGCAGCAGUGGCGUACCACGCGGGCGUGGAACGAGUUCCUCAAGGCCUUCUUCAUGACGGAGCCACUGUACUACCAGUUCGACCGGGCACGCGUCGCCGUAAAGGCGCGCGACCUUUACCGCAACCGCAAUCCACUGGACAGAAUCACGCUUGAGAAGCUCGACCGGCAGCGAUUCAGCAUCAACGCGCUGGGACAAGAGCCGUGGAAUCGGAGCCUGGCGGAGAUGGAUAAGGACGUGAUGCGAGACUUACGAAAACGUGUGCAAGACCGUGGCUAUCGCGCGCACUGGAGACGCGGGCUUUUGUACGGCCUAGACAUGAACGAGGAGCUCCUCUGCACAUCGAUCAAGGCGUUUGCACGGUCAUCCUCCUUGCAUGCCAUCAAGGAACUUAUCUUUAGCAGCUACUAUGGCAUUAUCAUCGAAAAUGACCGAGAUCCGACGCAGACCACCAUUACCGGCGGUCAUGACUUUCCCGAAGACUCGCCACUACGGCCGACCGCCGCUCUCCUCGAAGCAAUCGCCGAAGGCUGCGGCGCCAUGUCACACAUCGCCCUGGGCAUGCAGCUUGUCAACUUCAUAUCCCACCGCUACAGCAUUCCCAUUCCGCACUCUGUAUGGUCGAACCUCCUCAACUGGACAUAUCUCUUCGCCUCUAAGCCCUUUGGCGACGCCCGCCGGAAGCUUGGCGACUGGGCGUCCGCAACGCAGCGGCCAGUCGAUGUAAUGCACGUUUGGGAGGCAAUGACAUCGCCUUCCCAUGGCAAUAUCACGCCGAGGUUUGAGGACUAUGAUAUCUACAUCAAAACGCUACUCGUGCAGCGAUGCGUCGUCAAGGCGUUUGGCGCCAUCAACGAGUACGCGCUGCCGUACUACACCACGCUCGUGGAGGCGUACGAAAACGCUCUCACCGACGAGAUCCUCCAAGCCGAUGCCCUUGGCGGCGCCGCCCCUCGGCGCGCCACACUCCGCCGACAAAAGGCUGAGACGCUCAAAGAUCACACACACCACCGCAUCUCAAUGUGGUUCAAGCAGCUGCUCAAGGUCGUCUCCGCGAACCGCCACUUUCGCGACGGGCCCAUCGGCCGAGAAAUGGUGCCCAACCUGGUACGCGACUAUAGCUACUUCCUGCCCUCGGCAGUCAAGUACCGCACCGCGCAGGGGACGGUGACAUUGGAGCGUGGCGGCGACGAGAGCGUGACGGAGCGGGUAGCGUGGGUGAAGCGCUUCCGCACGACGCUACCAGCAAAGCGCAGCGGCGUGCACGUGCGCAACCAGGAAGGGUCGACGGAGCCGGACUUUGUGUGGCCGACAGUGGCGCGGAUGACGGUACUGGAAACGCGGCCGGUGCCCAAGGAGCGGCUGGAGAAGGUGGUGGCGCCCCCGGCGGAGAGAAGGGGGAUUUGGUGGAAGACGUUGGAGGAACAAAUGAUGCUGUAG